AUGCGGGAACGACCCAAGUUCUUCAUGAAAAUUCUCUCUGCGGGAUUGGACAUUUUGAUGAUCGAUGCCGAUACGAUCUGGUGGCAAAAUCCAUUCUCUAUUGUGCCUGACAGUCACGAUCGUCCGGCCGUGGACAUCGUCUACAGCACGGAUGCUCGAGAAUUCUACCAAGACCAUGAUGCAUUUCGUGAUGUCUGGAGGAGAGGACCGUUUGUACCUCCAAUCUGCAACGGCAUCUUUUGGAUGAAGAGCACCACAGCGACCAUUUCUCUAUGGAAGGACAUGUUAGCGAUCUUUGAGACACCUUGGUAUAAAGCCUUCUUUCGGCCCAAGGGAUUUCAAGACGAUCAGAGAGGCAUGGAUGUUCUUCUCAAUCACGGUCGUGCACAGGUUGUGGCGCCUUUUCCGGAAGGAAUACAUGAAGAUCAAGUUCCCACGGCUGCGAUCAGUUCAUCAGAUGCAGUGUUGAAAGUUCGACUCCUGGAUCAGACGAGCAUCGCGAAUGGUCAAUUGCUUAUGAAUAGGCAAAGUAGAUACGCCGAGAACCUGGCGAAGCUUAGAAAGUCCGGAGGAGACCGCAUAGCGGCGCAUUUCAAUUGGGACACGACAGUCGUCUCGAAAGAAGAUGGUGCCAAGGAAUUGGGUCUUGUUCUCCUGGACGAGAAUGGGAGAUGUGUGAAUUGA